ACAUAUUACAGAGUCAAGCUUUGGCGUAUACAUAGUUGAUAGUUAAGUUUUAAAUAUAUUCAACAUUUUUGGUCUUGGAAUGUCAAAGAUUUUAAAAUGAAAAUAUGACCAAUGUAUAUUCAUUUGAUGGUUUAUUGGUCUUCAGUCUUCUGAUUGUGUGUACGUGUGCUUACUUACGAAGAAUACCCAGACUUAAGCAGUGGAUGUUUUCAGAGAAAAAAGGAUUUUUAGGAAUAUUUUACAAAGCUGCUGUUAUUGGUACAAGACUUCAUCUUCCAGUGGCACUGACUUGUGUAGUGACGGCUUUAUAUUUAAUUCUACUCAAAUAGAACAAUGAGACUGCGUUUCUAUAUCCUGACAUUUGUUUUACAUAUUCUGACUUUUUCUGGAGCAGCAGAGAUUGAUGAAAAUGGUUAUAUUGCAUAUUGUCCUUGCAUGGGACGCUUUGGAAACCAGGCCGAUCAUUUUCUUGGCUCUCUUAGUUUCGCUAAAAAGUUAAACAGGACAUUGAUCAUACCCCCAUGGAUAGUUCAUGGAUAUAGAGGAUAUGGCGAUGACAGUUUUAUUCCAUACAGUAGGUGGUUUCAAGUAAAUGCACUGAAACCGUACCAUCGCGUUAUUGAAAUGAAGGAAUUUAUGCUGGAAAUUGCUCCUUCAAUCUGGCUUCCAGAGAAAAGGUAUAUUUAUUGUCAUGAAUCCACCUUUAAGCGCAGCGAGGAUAAAAAGUCUUGCCCAGCAAAAUCUGGAAAUCCUUUUGGGCCAUUUUGGGAUAAUUUUAAAAUCGAUUUUCCUGCAUCUGAAGGUUUUCCAACCCAUUUGCAUUUUCAUUCAUCAAAAAAAGAAUGGGAUAGUGUGUAUCCUGCCACUAGUCAUCCUGUACUUGCUUUUAUGGGUGCUCCUGCUUCCUACCCAGUAAAUGAAAAGGAUAAACAACUGCAAAGGUAUGUCCAGUGGACAAAAGACUUGGAAAAUUCUGCAGGUAAACUGAUUGAUUUAAAGCUGAAAAAGCCAUAUGUGGGAAUCCAUUUUCGGAAUGGUAUGGACUGGAAAAAAGCAUGUGAUCAUGUAAAAAAUGGCUUGGAUUACCCAUUCAUGUCCUCACCACAAUGUACAGGUUACCAGAGGUCCACAAGUAAAAGGUUUACCUAUGAAAUGUGUUACCCCAGUUUGAACACUGUAAAAUCUCAUGUUUUAAGUUUGGUCAAAGAAUCGAACUCGAAUUCUUUAUUCAUUGCAACCGAUGCUAGUUCAUAUGAAAACGAGUUCAAUAACAUGUUUAAGGAAGCUGGUUUGGAUGUUAGCAUUGUAAAACUGGAAAAUGAUGAACUUAUGAUGGAUCUGGCUUUAUUAAUUGAAUCAGAUCGAUUUAUUGGAAGUUGUGGUUCCUCAGUUACUGCAUUUGUUUCAAGAAAAAGAGAAGUUUUGGGGCGACCAAAUGAAUAUUUUGGCGCUUCAGACAAACACAAUGAAGCAGAUCGAUCAGAAUUGUAGUUUACUAUUAUAGCAACAAAUAUAUUUAUGUUGAUGUAUUCCGUUAUUUAGAAAAUUCUUUUGGUGCACUGUCUGGUAUGCUUUGAAGCAAUUUUGCGUUAUGAUGCGAAAGUAUAGAUUAAGUUAUUAUGUAAAUGUGCUAAUCUGUUUUCUAGUUUUAGCAAUCAAUUCACACCUUAACAUGCACAUGUUGUGGCUUAAGCAAUCCUGUACUUGGUUCUGUAAAAAUACUUUAUUUCAAUUGCAAUUGGUGAUAUCACAUUCAUGGAAAGUUUAAAAUCCCUAUUAUUUCAUUGUUGCUUAGUUGACCUAUAGCUUGAAAUAUAUUACAACCUCGUGCAGAUGGAA